AUUCGGGUUACUCCUUCUCCACAUAACCAAACAACCCAGUUAGAAAUAUUUCUUCGAUUUUCGUGCCAAACAAGCCAUAAAACUCAGGCCCAGAUAUAUAUCCACACACACACACGAAAACACAAACACUCUCUCUCUCUCUCUUGGUCUGUUUGCUUUUCGUCUACCGUACUUCCUGAUCUCUGAAAUCUCCACCAUGGCUCACCCAGCCGAAUCGUCCGACUCGAAGAAGAAGGACUUCUCGACCGCGAUUCUGGAGCGGAAGAAGUCGCCGAACCGUCUCGUCGUCGAUGAGGCUAUAAACGACGACAACUCUGUCGUUUCGAUGCAUCCAGAGACCAUGGAAAAGCUCCAGCUUUUCCGCGGCGACACUAUUCUCAUCAAGGGGAAGAAACGGAAGGACACAAUCUGCAUUGCACUUGCUGAUGACACCUGUGAAGAGCCAAGAAUCAGGAUGAACAAGGUUGUCAGAUCGAAUUUGAGGGUUCGACUUGGAGAUGUUGUAUCUGUACACCAAUGCCCUGAUGUGAAGUAUGGGAAACGUGUUCACAUUCUGCCUAUUGAUGACUCCAUAGAAGGAGUUACUGGAAAUCUCUUUGAUGCCUUUUUGAAACCUUACUUCUUGGAAGCUUAUCGCCCUGUGAGGAAAGGAGAUCUGUUCCUUGUAAGAGGAGGAAUGAGAAGUGUAGAGUUCAAGGUUAUUGAAACAGACCCAGGAGAAUAUUGUGUGGUUGCCCCAGACACUGAGAUCUUCUGUGAGGGGGAACCAGUAAAAAGGGAGGAUGAGGAAAGGUUGGAUGAAGUUGGUUAUGAUGAUGUGGGUGGUGUUCGGAAGCAGAUGGCUCAAAUCCGUGAAUUAGUUGAGCUGCCACUGAGGCAUCCUCAACUGUUUAAAUCUAUUGGUGUGAAACCACCAAAAGGAAUUCUACUUUAUGGACCCCCAGGUUCAGGAAAGACAUUAAUAGCCAGAGCUGUUGCCAAUGAAACUGGUGCUUUUUUCUUUUGCAUUAAUGGGCCAGAGAUUAUGUCUAAAUUGGCUGGAGAGAGUGAGAGCAAUCUCAGAAAGGCAUUUGAAGAAGCGGAGAAGAAUGCCCCAUCAAUCAUCUUUAUUGAUGAGAUUGAUUCAAUUGCUCCUAAGAGGGAGAAGACACACGGUGAGGUCGAAAGGCGGAUUGUUUCUCAACUUUUGACUCUGAUGGACGGAUUGAAAUCUAGAGCUCAUGUUAUUGUUAUUGGUGCUACAAAUCGUCCAAACAGUAUUGACUCGGCUUUGAGAAGGUUUGGUAGGUUUGAUAGGGAGAUAGACAUUGGUGUUCCUGAUGAAGUUGGGCGCCUUGAAGUUCUUCGCAUUCACACCAAGAACAUGAAACUCUCUGAUGAUGUUGAUUUAGAGAGGAUUUCCAAAGAUACACAUGGGUAUGUUGGCGCUGACCUUGCUGCUCUCUGCACUGAAGCUGCACUGCAAUGCAUUAGGGAGAAGAUGGAUGUGAUUGACUUGGAAGAUGAAACCAUUGAUGCGGAGAUACUCAACUCAAUGGCUGUAACAAAUGAGCACUUCCAGACUGCUCUAGGAACAAGCAAUCCAUCUGCUUUGCGCGAAACAGUUGUUGAAGUGCCCAAUGUUAGUUGGGAGGAUAUUGGAGGCCUUGAAAAUGUCAAGCGGGAGCUACAAGAGACUGUUCAAUAUCCCGUCGAGCACCCAGAGAAGUUUGAGAAAUUUGGCAUGUCACCUUCUAAAGGGGUCCUUUUCUAUGGACCCCCAGGAUGUGGGAAAACUCUUUUGGCCAAGGCAAUUGCAAAUGAAUGUCAAGCUAACUUCAUCAGUAUCAAAGGCCCUGAACUACUCACCAUGUGGUUUGGUGAGAGUGAAGCCAAUGUUCGAGAAAUCUUUGACAAGGCUCGUGCAUCUGCACCAUGUGUCCUUUUCUUUGAUGAGCUUGAUUCCAUUGCUACGCAGAGAGGAAGCAGUUCUGGGGAUGCAGGGGGUGCUGCUGAUCGGGUUCUUAACCAACUCCUCACUGAAAUGGAUGGCAUGACAGCAAAAAAGACGGUUUUCAUUAUUGGGGCCACAAACCGACCUGACAUCAUUGACCCAGCACUUCUCCGACCUGGCCGUCUUGAUCAAUUGAUUUAUAUUCCUCUUCCUGAUGAAGAAUCGCGUUUCCAAAUCUUUAAAUCCUGCUUGAGAAAAUCACCUGUCUCAAAAGAUGUUGAUUUGAGAGCAUUGGCCAGGUAUACACAGGGCUUUAGUGGGGCUGAUAUCACAGAGAUCUGCCAGCGGUCCUGCAAGUAUGCCAUAAGAGAAAAUAUUGAGAAGGAUAUAGAGCGGGAGAGAAGGAGAGGGGAGAAUCCGGAUUCUAUGGAUGAGGACAUCGAUGACGAAGUGGCAGAGAUUAAAGCUGCUCAUUUUGAGGAGUCAAUGAAAUAUGCUCGUAGGAGUGUCAGCGAUGCAGAUAUUCGCAAAUAUCAGGCCUUUGCUCAGACCUUGCAGCAGUCCAGGGGUUUCGGAACUGAGUUUAGGUUUGCUGAUAACCAAACUGGGGCAACUGGUGCUGAUCCAUUCGCAACUUCUGCUGGUGGGGCUGACGAAGAUGAUUUGUAUAGUUAAUAUUUAUUUAUAUAUGUAUGGUUUCGGGUGACAUUUGUGUCUACUGAUAUGCUUUUGUCUGCUCCUCGUGUCACCCUGGAGGAAGCCUUUCCUUUUCAUAGUUAUGACUAGUCUUCUGUGUAUUAAAGAGUUUGUGGGGUUUGCUAGGAUGACAUGCUGUUUCAAGUUUCAUAUACUGUUAAUCAAUUUCUAUCAAUCAAUGGAUGGAUGGAUUGAAAAAAGCCA